AUGGCUACGUAUACACCCAAGAACAUCCUCAUCACUGGGGCUGCUGGAUUUAUUGCAUCUCAUGUUGCUAACCGGCUUAUCCGGAACUAUCCUGAAUACAAGAUAGUCGUGCUUGACAAGCUUGACUACUGUUCAAAUCUUAAGAAUCUGUUUCCUUCUUGGUCAUCCCCCAACUUCAAGUUUGUUAAGGGGGACAUUGGCAGUGCAGAUCUUGUUAACUACCUUCUCAUUACUGAGUCAAUUGAUACAAUAAUGCACUUUGCUGCUCAGACCCAUGUUGAUAAUUCCUUCGGUAACAGCUUUGAGUUUACCAAGAACAACAUCUAUGGCACCCAUGUGCUUCUAGAGGCCUGCAAAGUCACGGGCCAGAUCAGACGCUUCAUCCAUGUAAGCACAGAUGAGGUCUAUGGCGAGACAGAUGAGGAUGCUGUUGUAGGAAACCAUGAAGCUUCUCAACUCCUUCCCACAAAUCCAUAUUCAGCCACAAAAGCUGGUGCAGAAAUGCUUGUUAUGGCUUAUGGCAGGUCAUACGGUCUACCUGUGAUAACCACUCGGGGAAACAAUGUCUAUGGGCCCAAUCAAUUUCCCGAAAAGUUAAUACCAAAGUUCAUCCUCUUAGCCAUGAGAGGGAAGCCUCUUCCAAUUCAUGGGGAUGGUUGUAACGUGCGGAGUUAUCUCUAUUGUGAGGAUGUCGCCGAGGCUUUUGAAGUCAUUCUUCACAAUGGAGAAGUUGGACAUGUUUACAAUAUUGGGACAAAGAAGGAGAGAAGAGUGAUUGAUGUUGCCAAAGAUAUAUGCAAACUUUUCUCAAUGGAUCCAGAACAAAUCAUUCAGUUCGUGGAAAACAGGCCAUUUAAUGAUCAGAGGUACUUCCUAGAUGAUCAGAAGUUAAAGAUCUUGGGGUGGUCAGAACGGACUACAUGGGAGGAAGGUUUGAAAAAGACUAUGGAAUGGUACAUCAACAACCCUGAUUGGUGGGGGGAUGUCUCUGGAGCAUUGCUUCCUCAUCCUAGAAUGCUGAUGAUGCCUGGUGGGAUUGAGAGGCAUUUUGAUGGGCCUGAGAAAUGUGAAUCUGGAUCUUCUGAAUUCUCAGCUAACUCUAAUCAGACACGAAUGGUGGUUCCAGUUUCCAAAAGCAGCAAUUCUCCUCGAAAACCACCCUUCAAGUUCUUGAUUUAUGGUCGGACUGGGUGGAUUGGUGGUCUACUUGGGAAGUUAUGCGACAAACAAGGGAUUCCAUACGAGUAUGGAAGGGGGCGUCUGGAGGAUCGGUCGCAGCUUUUGGCAGACUUUCAGACUGUUAAACCUACACAUGUUUUCAACUCUGCUGGUGUGACUGGUAGACCCAAUGUUGAUUGGUGUGAAACACACAAGACGGAAACAAUCCGUGCUAAUGUUGCUGGUACACUAAACUUAGCAGAUCUGUGCAGAGAGCAUGGACUCUUGAUGAUGAAUUUUGCCACUGGAUGCAUAUUUGAAUAUGAUGCUGCACAUCCCGAAGGUUCUGGCAUUGGGUUUAAGGAGGAAGACAAACCCAACUUCACUGGUUCUUUCUAUUCAAAGACCAAAGCCAUGGUCGAAGAGCUCUUGAAAGAAUAUGAUAAUGUUUGCACCCUUAGAGUCCGAAUGCCAAUAUCUUCAGAUCUCAGCAACCCUCGCAACUUCAUUACCAAGAUUAGUCGGUAUAGUAAAGUGGUUAACAUUCCCAACAGCAUGACCAUAUUGGAUGAGCUUCUUCCUAUUUCAAUUGAGAUGGCAAAGCGGAACCUGAGGGGCAUAUGGAACUUCACAAAUCCUGGAGUCAUUAGCCAUAAUGAAAUUCUAGAGAUGUACAAAAAGUAUAUAGAUCCGGACUUCACAUGGGCCAACUUCACACUGGAAGAGCAAGCCAAGGUUAUAGUUGCCCCACGUAGCAAUAAUGAGAUGGAUGCAUCGAAGUUGAAAAAUGAGUUCCCUGAAUUGCUACCAAUCAAGGAAUCAUUGAUCAAGUAUGUCUUCGAACCCAACAAGAAAAGCUUUACUGAGUAAACAUCAAGUAUACCUCAGGGAUUGCUCUGCAUUUUAUGUUAGGCCAUGGUUUCUAGUAUUCGCAUUGUGAUUAAGAUGGAUCUCCUAUGUGUUGUCGUUUCAUUCUUUUUUCAACCUUUCUUAUAGUUUGAUUGACAGUUCUUUCUACAAGGAGUUUAUGGCUAGGCUCUUCCUUUAUGUACUUGUCUUCUGCUACCCUGCAGGGGUGUAACUUUUGGAUUCUCCUAUAUGAAUUUUUUUGCUCUUAUUGAGUACAGAAUUUUGUUCCUUCCGUCUUGGUUAUGGG